AUGGUGUUCGUGUACAUCCGGAUUUAUUUUGCGGCCAAGGCGCGGGCGCGGAGGGGCAUCCGGAAACCGCCUUCAAAGCCGAAGAAGGGGGCUGCGAAGGCUGCGAAGGCGGCGGCAGCAGCAGCGGCUGCCGCGCAGAGCCCGUCCACCGUGUCGCAGACGACCAGCUUCAUCACUCGGCCGUCACCGGCCGGCGUGCCACUGACCGCGUUCCGGUCACCGCCGGCCACACCGGUCAACACCACGCUACCGGUGAUCGCCUGCGACUACGCCAGCGACGCGAGCACCAGUGACGUGAGCAAGGAUGGCGACAAAGACACGCUCAAAGUGUUCACCACGCAGGGCAGCCGCCGGCUGACGGUGAACGGCGACCUGGGUGGUGGAGGCGGCCGGUGCCGAGCGUCCAGCGUGGCCGUAGACACGGACAUGGUCAGCGAGCUAGAACCGUCGUCGUCCGACUCAGGCAACGUGCAAAAGUGCGGCGCCGUCAAGCCGGUCAAGUCGAGGCUGUGCAAGCCGAUAUUCGGCGUCGGCCGCAAGUCGGCCAAGGCGGCGUCAGCCAAGGCCAAGCGGGACAUACUGGACACGGGCAAGGUGUCCAUGGCGUGCCGGGGAGGCGGGGGUGGUGGUGACGGUCACCAUCAGUACGGGGUCUCGAACGCGUCGCAUGGCGGCACGCCCGUGGACCCGGUACCGUGCCUGCCACGGCCCAAGCCACGUGACCCGGAGCGCGAGAAGCGACGCAUCGCCCGGAAGAAGGAGAAGCGCGCCACGCUCAUCCUCGGCCUAAUCAUGGGCUCUUUCAUCGCCUGUUGGCUUCCGUUCUUCUUCAUGUACAUACUGACGCCACUAUGUCCGGUGUGCUACAUACCACCACAGGCCUUUGCCAUUGCCUUCUGGCUGGGCUACAUGAACUCGGCCAUCAACCCGGUCAUCUACACGAUAUUCAACAAGGACUUCCGGCGCAGCUUCCGGCGAGUGCUGUUCAAAUGA